CUGGAUUGAACUUAAAUCGUUUCUUAAUUCGGAUUAAAUUUGUGUUAACCAUCAACCCAUCCAACCCUCCCAAGUUAUUGCCCAACCCUUCUAUAGCCCUCCAGAUAAUAGAAAAUGUGUCCGAAAAUGCACUUAAUUUUAUUUUUAUUUCUAUUUUUUCGCCGAAGGUGAAUUCUGGAGCCUAUGUCCUUCGAGAUUCGAAGGAAAGCAACAGUGUAACAAUGGCCGCCGCUGUGCAGAAACUGCUUAGGAAGCCAUCGUACCAGAGAAUCCUUCCCUGCCUCAACAAUGGAAAAUCGUCAAAUCUUGUAGCUCCUCCACUGCUCCACAAGCCCUAUCCCCCAGAGACCAAAUCCGACGCUGAACCUAACCUAAACCCUUGCCAGGGUUCAUCAACCACAGAGAAUCAUACUCAUUACAGUAGCUUUCAGAUUUACCCUAGUUUUCCAUUUGGGUAUUGCUUGAACCCCAUUCCAUCACCCGUGCUCGAACAAUCUCAGCCAUUGAAGGUCGAGGAGGUCGACUCCGAUGACUCGCGUACGAUUUGGGCGGACAGUGUCAAGAAGAAGAGGAAGAAGAAGAUGAACAAGCACAAGUACAAGAAGCUUCGGAAGCGUCUUCGCCGCCGAACCUAAGAAGUCAUUGUCCCAUCAGAUAUCGGAAAGGAUCAAGGCCUGCAAUGGGUUUCAAGUAUGGUCUGGUAGUUUUGUGGUUCCUUCGUGAUCAAUGCUAGUUUGAGCUGCUUCAGCCUGAGAUGGAGGAAAAUAGAAAAUUGAAAUCUGAGACUGCAUCAUGUCCAUGGAAAUAAACUUGGCUACGUGCACUCUUUGUUAUUUUAUAAGGAGGGGAUUUUAUUUUGUUCACAUUGCCAUAUUAGGGGUUUUGACUUGAUUUAAGCAAAAAUCAAUAGCAUAGUUAUUAAAGGCCCAAGGUGCUACAACUCCCUAACUGUAGCAACUUGGCAAGGUGUGCCUCGACUAUUUCUUUUUCUAUUUUUACAAUUUUAUUCUUGAAAUUUAGGACUUUAUGAUUGAAAUUUUACAUAAUUGCAUCGAUGUUUCAUUGGAUGCC